AUGUACGUUCAACCUCUCCGGCACGUGCCCCGUUGCAGCGGCCCGCCAACGGACAGACAGACGGUCGGUCGGGACAAACAGGUUCGGAGUGGGUGGAUGGCGAUGGGUUACGUCAUCAAGUUAAUCGCUAGUCCAUGGCAAAUGUCCGUUAAGCAAAUAGCCAAUAGACCACCAGACCAGACAUCGUCCUAUUGUGUGAAAAUAGGCGAAAACAGUUGCUGCCGGUUCGUCUGGCCGCGUUCCACGGUCUACGCGGGACUGAUGAGAUAA